AUGGGCAAGCUGCCCUCUUCGUUACGCGGCGGCGCCGGCCGGAAAGCUAGUCAGACAACUAGUCAAGAGGUUGGCCAGUCAAAAUACCACCUCGACGAGAACCCAAAGAUGCCCGUCGACAAGUCUGCCCCUCUCGGGCUGGGCGCCCUCUUCGGCCAGCUCGACGCUGUGGCCAUCGUGGCCAACGUGGGCACGCCCAAGAAGUAG